CUGUGUGAAACAUUAUGCAACUGAAACUCCAUUCUAGAGCAUUACCAAGACAGUGGAAAGAAAUUCAGUUUCUACUUGUCCUAGUCCCAUCACCAACUUUCUCUUCUCACCCAUGCCAGGGAGGUAGAAGAGCAUAUGGGCAUAGCUCCAAUAUUUUUUUUUUCUGUGUCUGUGUUUUCCAGUGUGGUGUGUUGGUGAGGUGGAACUUUUCAUCUGUUUUUCGAUGAAACCUCCACAACUACAUGGUGUGGCAAGUAGCAAAGAAUUUUGUAGGCUAUCUGUCCCAGGACUUUCGAGAAGCUGUAAAAGACCUUGAAAAAGCCCAGAUGGGGGUGACAGGAACAGAAGAAUUGUGGAGAGAAUGUGUAGUUGCGACAGAUGCUGCAAUUGGUCCUGCUCUUGGUGCCAUGUAUGUACGGAAAGCAUUCCAAGGAAGCUCAAAAGCCAUGGCAGAAGACAUGAUUCUAAGAAUUCGAAAAACCUUCAAAGAAAGUCUCCAGUCUCUAAAAUGGAUGGAUCAGGAGACAAAAACGGCAGCCAUAGAAAAAGUUGAUGCCAUAACUGAAAUGAUUGGUUAUCCAGAAUACAUUUUGAACCCAACAGAAUUGGAUGAAAAAUAUGAAAAUCUGAAAAUAAUGGAAAAUGAUUUCUUUCAAAAUAAUGUUCGUGUAAAUAACUUCAACAUCCGAGAGAAUUUGAAGCGUCUCUUUAAACCAGUUAAUAAGACACGCUGGGAUAUGUCACCACCAACAGUUAAUGCCUAUUACUCUCCAACAAGGAAUGACAUUGUGUUUCCAGCCGGGAUACUACAAGCCCCAAUUUUUGACCACAAUAACUCUAAAUCACUUAACUAUGGUGCAGUUGGAGUUGUCAUGGGCCAUGAACUAGCACAUGCUUUUGAUGACCAAGGAAGGAAGUAUGAUAAGAAUGGAAAUUUGGAUAAGUGGUGGCGUGAAGAAACAACAAAAAAGUUUGAAAAUCUGACACACUGCAUGGUGAAUCAGUAUUCUCAGUAUGAACUUCGUGGAGAACACCUUAAUGGAAACCUGACACUAGGUGAAAAUAUAGCAGACAAUGCAGGGCUGAAAGCAAGCUACCAUGCAUACCAGCAGUGGGUGGAGGAAAAUGGCAAUGAGGCUCCUUUGCCUGGUAUUCAGCUCACCCACAAUCAACUGUUUUUCCUAGGUUUUGCUCAGGUUUGGUGCUCUGCCAUCACAAAGGAAGCAGCUCAUCUGGAAAUUAUGAAAGACUCCCAUGUCCCAGGGGAGUUCAGGGUCUAUGGAUCUUUAAGCAACUCCCCAGAUUUUGCGGAAGUCUUUAAAUGCCAGGAGAAUGCAAAAAUGAAUCCAAAAAAGAAAUGUUCCAUUUGGUAAAUUAUAUUUUCUAUGUAUGUCUUCUAAUAGGUUUUGCCGUUUGAGAAAAUGCACACGUGUAAGGAUCCUUACUUGGCUUAUUCACAAUCUCACACACACACACACACACACACACACACACACACACACACACACAC